AUGGAGGAGGUUGAUGGACAAGUUAUUCAGUUUGUGGAAUGUGAAUCUGGUUUGGAUAUUCACAAAGUUGUAAGGGAAGAUUUGGAUGAUGAUGGCAGACCCAAAAGAACUGGGACAAUGUGGACAGCAAGUGCACACAUAAUAACAGCGGUUAUAGGCUCUGGGGUGCUGUCACUGGCCUGGGCUGUGGCACAGCUUGGAUGGGUUGCAGGAGUAGCCUCCCUACUAACAUAUGGCUGCAUAACAUUCUAUACUUCCAAUCUCUUAGCAGAGUGUUACAGAUCUCCAGGCACUGGCAAGAGGAACUACACUUACAUGGAAGCUGUCAAAGACAAUUUAGGAGGAAAAAUGAACUUUGCUUGUGGAAUGGCUCAGUAUGCCAAUCUUAAUGGGCUGGUAGUUGGCUAUACUGUUACUGCAGCAAUAAGCAUGGUGGCUAUAGAGAAAUCGAACUGCUUCCACAGAAGGGGUCAUGAAGCCUCAUGCGAGGUUUCCCAUAAACCAUACAUGAUAGGACUUGGCCUCUUUGAGAUCGUUUUGUCUCAGAUACCCAACAUUGAGCAGGUCUGGUGGCUCUCCAUUAUGGCAUCAAUCAUGUCUUUUGGGUACUCCUCCAUUGGAGCUGGACUUGCCUUUGCAAUCAUGCUUUCAGGUCAUGGAAAGAGGACCACUGUGACCGGAGUGGAAGUUGGGCCAGGCUUAACUGCAGCUCGGAAAAUGUGGAGGAUGUUCACAGCACUUGGAGACAUUGCAAUAGCUUACUCAUAUUCCCCAGUUCUGAUUGAAGUCCAGGACACAUUAAGCUCUUCCAAGCCUGAAAUCAAAGUGAUGAAGAAGGCUAACAUGAUAUCAGUGGCUGCCACCACCGUAUUCUACAUGAUGUGCGGUUGUCUCGGCUAUGCUGCAUUCGGAAACAGUGCACCUGGAAACAUGCUGAUUGGCUUUGGAUUUUACGAGCCCUUCUGGCUGAUUGACUUGGCCAACAUCUUCAUAGUGUUGCACCUUGUGGGAGCAUAUCAGGUAAUGGCACAACCAGUAUUUUGCGAGGUUGAGUCUUUGUGUAGAAGAAAGUGGCCUAAGUCGGAGUUUGUAAACAGAGAGUACCCCAUAAAAAAUUGCAGAAGAAACUUGAAUUUCAGCAUCAACUUGUUCAGGCUGGUUUGGAGAACCAUCUAUGUGGUGGUUGCAACCGGGUUGGCUCUAGCAUUGCCCUUUUUCAAUGACUUACUGGCACUCAUUGGAGCAGUGAGCUUCUGGCCCCUCACAGUCUAUUUCCCGAUCACAAUGUACAUUUCCAGAAAGAAGAUCAAUCGAGCAACGAUUAGGUGGUUCAUGCUGCAGUUUGUGAACUUGUUGUCUCUCCUCAUUGCAUUGGCUGCAGCAUGUGGCUCCAUUGAAGGGUUGGGUGAAGCUCUCCGUAUCAUCAAAUAA